AUGUCUCGGUUCUUCCGCCAGGGCGACGACAGCUCCACCGAGGAGAGCUCCUCUGAGGAGGAGUACAUCUCCGAGGAGGAGGCGGAGGAGGAGUCCGAACAGGAAGAGUCUGAGGAGGCGAGCGACGAGGACGACUCUGACGACUCCGACAGCGACGCCGAGGGCGGCAAGAAGACGGGCGCCUCCCGUUUCCUGAGGGACGACAAUGACUCCGACAGCGACGAGUCCGACGAGGAGGGCAACAAGGUCCUCAAGAGUGCCGCGGACAAGCAGAUUGCCGAGCUCGAGUCCACGAUCGAUGCCAUCGAGAAGCGCCAAAAGAUUAGCGAUUGGGCUGCCGUCUCAACAGAAUUCGACAAGCUCAACCGCCAGGCCGCCAAGAUGACUGUCGCUGGUCGCGGUCCCAAGGUUUACAUCAAGGCUCUCGUCGAGCUCGAGGCUGCCAUGAACGAGACCAUCGCGAAGCAGAAGGUUACCCCCAAGAAGAUGAACGCCACCUCUGCUCGUGGUCUCAACGCCGUCAAGCAAAAGAUCAAGAAGCUCCUCAAGGACUACCAGGCCCAGGUCGACGAGUUCCGCGCCGACCCUACCGAGUUCCUGUUCUCCGACGAUGAGGAGGAGGAGGUCGCGCCUGUCAAGGCGCCCAAGACGGAGAUCUACAUUGACAGAGAGGCUGCCCAAGACACCGAUGGCUUCGAGACGGUCAGCAAGGGCGGCAAGACCAUGCAGUUUACCCCCGAGAGCAUCUUCAAGCACCUCCGCGCCAUCUUGGAGUCGCGUGGCAAGAAGAACACCGACCGGCUGGAGCAGAUCAAGAUCAUGCAGAAGCUGCUUGGCGUGGCUGUCACACCGUAUCAGCGCAUCCGGGUCCUCCUCACCAUCAUCUCGGCUCGCUUUGAUCUGAGCAUCAGCGGCACAAAUAUGCCUAUUGAGCACUGGAAGGCUGCUGAGAAGGAGCUGUCCGACCUCUUCGAGACUCUUGAGAAGAACCGCGACCACAUUGUCAUCGAGGGUGCCGAGGAGUGGGAGGACGACGAGAAGGCCCCCACCAUCCCCGCCGGCGAGAAGUACCUCAAGGUUCCUGGCAGUGUUGUCUCGUACGUCGAGCGCCUCGACGAUGAGCUCACCCGCUCUCUGCAGAGCAUCGACCCUCACACAUCCGAGUACAUUGACCGCCUGACGGACGAGGCCGCGCUGUACAACGUCAUCCUCCGCGGGCUUCUGUACUACGAGAAUCUCCUGCGGGACAAGUCUCUCGAGAUCCCCCAGGACAGUCUUAACCGGAUCGUCAUGCGUCGUCUCGAGCACGUCUACUUCAAGCCCUCCCAGGUCGUCAAGAUCCUCGAGGAGAACGCGUGGAAGCCCGUCCCGGCCGACAUCGAUUCUGACAUCACCCCUCGCAGCGAGUCGUCGGAUGCCGGCAACCUCGUCUUCACCCUCUGCAAGUACCUGUUUGAGAAGAGCGAGGGCAUCAUCCGCGCUCGUGCCAUGCUGUGCCAGAUCUACUUCCUGGCUCUGCAUGACGAGUACUACCGGGCCCGCGAUAUGAUGCUCAUGUCCCAUUUGCAAGAGUCCAUCAACACAUUCGACGUCCUGUCUCAGAUCCUGUAUAACAGGACCCUCGUCCAGAUUGGUCUCUGCGCCUUCCGCAAGGGCCUCGUCUACGAUGCCCAGAACACCCUGCAGGAGAUCUGCGGCAGUGGCAGGCAGAAGGAGCUGCUGGCUCAGGGUGUCAUGAUGCAGCGCUACAGCCAGGUGUCGCCCGAGCAGGAGAGACUGGAGAAGCAGAGACAACUGCCGUUCCACAUGCACAUCAACCUCGAGCUGCUCGAGUGUGUCUACCUGACAUGCAGCAUGCUUCUCGAAAUCCCCCUUCUCGCCCAGACUGGCUCCUCGCCGGACGUCAAGAAGCGGGUCAUCAGCAAGACCUACCGCCGCAUGCUCGAGUACCACGAGCGCCAGAUCUUUACCGGCCCCCCCGAGAACACGCGCGACCACGUCAUGCAGGCCUCGCGGGCUCUGGCCGCCGGCGAGUGGAAGAAGGCCACCAACUUUAUCCACAGCAUCAAGAUCUGGGACCUCCUGCCGAGUGCCGAGGAGAUCAAGACCAUGCUGUCCAAGCAGAUCCAGGAAGAGGGUCUGCGGACGUACCUUUUCACAUAUGCUCCGUUCUACGAUACCCUUGCUGUUUCCACGCUGUCGGCCAUGUUCGAGCUUGAGGACCGCAAGGUCGCGGCCGUUGUCAGCAAGAUGAUUAGCCACGAGGAGCUCGCGGCUGCCCUGGACCAGGUCACGGCCAUCGUCAUCUUCCGCAAGGGCGUCGAGCUCUCGCGCCUGCAGAGCCUGGCGCUCACCCUUUCCGACAAGGCUGCUGCCCUCAUCGAGACGAACGAGCGGACACUGGAGCAACGGACACAAGGCACAGCGAACGCGUUUGACCGGAGAGGACAGAACCAGCGGGGUCGCGGUGGCGGCGGCCGUGGUGGAGGCCGCGGCGGCGCGCGGACAGGCGGCACUGGCCCGAGACAAGCCGGUGGCACGCAGUUCACCGGCGGUGCGCUGGGUGCUGCGGUACGGGGUUAG